AUGAAAUUUCAUUAUAAAAUAGAAUUGGCGCUGAUAACUAUAACCGCAAUUCUUUGUAUAGUAUUACUUUUUAAACUUCUUCACAGGCUUCGGACCGCAUUGCCAUGGCGUGUAAAUUGUUGGUUUUGUAACUGUAACAUUUGGGUAAAGUUUCCAAUUCGUAAUUGUUGGAUUUGUCCAAAAUGUGAACAGUACAAUGGAUUCACUGAGGAUGGUGAUUACAACAGAGUGCUUAAUGUCACCACUGAGCAAACAUGCAAAAUCCCAAAGGUUUUCCAAAAAAGUUCACCAAAGAAUGGUCUAUGUAAAAUGUGUAACAUAAAUCAGCAUCUCAAAGUGACACAGUUGGCUAAUUUUGUUCCUAUGAAUGAAAAGAAGUUUGAUGAGGAAAUAGAAUCAUACAGAUUGCAGUUAGAAAAGGCAUACAAAUUGUGUAGUCCUUGUAAAAAAGUACUUCAAACAAAGCUCCAUAAAGAAAAGGAAACAUUUUUGGGUUCUAAAUUAUUAGAAACAAGGACACCAGAGAAGAAACAGCAAAAGCAGCUAGAAAAACAGAGUCAAAUUUUAAGAAAUCUCAUAAACGGGUCUUCCACAUUGAUAGCAGGAAUACUCUUUGUACUAGUUGCAUUUGAGUUCUUAAGUAAUAUAGAGAAACACAAGAACUUAUUAAAUACAGUGUACAAUAUUAGAAAUAUAUUACUUGGUCUUUUUGAAAGAAUAAUUACUAUAGUUAAAAUGAAGACAUUUAUGACAUUCCCUUCUUUAGAAAGUAAUUUCUAUGACAUGCAUAAUAUAGAAAAUAUGGACAUGUUUAAAAAUUUUAAUACAGGAUACUUGAAUAGUGUUAAUGACCUGACACAGAAAGCUUUAGGAGGCUUUGUAUGUUUUAUACAAAUUGUAGGACAUGUUUGGAAUAUAAACAAACUAAAUUAUAGUAUAGUAGUUGACUUAUUGUGGUCAGUAUUUGCAGCCACAUCCAUAGCCCAUAAUUCAGUUACUCUGGAGCCUAUUUUGAUGACCAGUGUCAAGUUGUCGAGCAUAUUGGGACUUAUGUUAGUUUAUAGAAAAAUGCAAACAAAGACUGUUAGAACAACAUUAAAGAUACAAUUAACACCAAAAAAAGUUAAAAAUCUUGCAAAUGGAACAAUGAAUUCCUUAAGUGAUGAUGAAGAUAAUCUGUCCCUUGACACUGAUGAUGAUGUGUCUCUUAGUAAAUUUGGCUUGCACAACUUCACAGAUUCGUCCAAUGAGACUCUUAGACCAUUAAGUAAUAGUUUAAACAAUGGUAGAUCGUUCACUCCACGCACAGAAAGUGUUUGGGGCAAACCAAAACUGAAUUCAACAUUUUGUGUAAAUUCUGUAAUAGCUAAAAGUCCAAGCUCUGUAUCUGAAACAGUGUUUAGAAAACCAUCUUUUAAUAAAUAUCAGAACUUGGUAAAAAGUGAUUCAGAUUCAGAGUUAGAUGAGAGCAUAAGUACCUUAUCUAUAGGUCCUAAGAACAGAAAUGUGACGAAAAACCCAGUGUUUGGUAUUCGUAAAUUCAAUGCUACACCCAGUUUUAUAACUCCAACACCUCUAGGUCGUACUCGACCACUUAUAUCACCAAGUAAAUUAGGUCAUAGCACAUCUUGGGUUGCUGGAGGGUACUGGGGCUCUGAGGGCGAGCGGCAGAUAUUUAGCAUAAAUGGCAGCCGUUCCUCUAGUCAGAGUUCGGGGUUUGAAUCACAAACUUCUAGUAUGAAUCAGCGUAAUCUGUUCUCUCAACCUUCAUCACGCGAGGAUUCCAUAUGCGGGGAGCCUGAUAGAAAUUCCCUUCUACUGGACCGUUUUCAGAAUUGCAGUACAAGCAAUUAUUGCUUCCAGAACGCUUCCAACUUCACUCCAAUAAGUUCACCCGUCUUCCCUCAAAUGCAGUUUAACAGCCACGUACAAAUACCUCAGCCAAGAUUAGCUCAGCAGACCUUUGUAUCGCAGAAUGUCUUCACACAGCCGCAACCCUUCACUCAAAACAGUAUGUUUAAAACCCCUGGUGGGUCUGGACUGAUAAAAUUGCCUCAGGACAAUUCUUUCACAUUGCGUUAA